AUGAGUCUAGUCGAGGCUCUCCGGGCCCGAAGAAGCGCCCUCAAUACGAACGCUAGACCGCCUGUUGUCAUUUGGGAACCCAUACCCGAUCUUUGCACGCCGGCAGAGUUGAAGAAUCUUCAGCAAGCAAGCACUUUCGUGAACGUCAUCAGUCCCAACGGAGAGGAGCUCGCCGACUUUUUUGCUUCCGGGAACAAAUCGAUCGCAGAGGAGGACAUGGUACGAUCGUUGCUCACCAACUGCGGUGAAAACCCAGAACAAGCCGUAAUUGUGCGCAAUGGCGCUGAUGGGAGCAGACUUCAUUGUCGGGGUCGCGUUCUACAUUUCAAGGCGUACCAUCAGGACGCUGAACGUGUGAUAGAUCCUACCGGCGGCGGAAACUCCUAUCUUGGCGCCAUGGCAAUGGCAUUGACGAAACGUGUUCAACCAGGGCUCGAAGCGACUGCACAAUGUCUGAAUUCAUCGAUCACUUCCGAGUCACGGAGCUUGUUAGAGAUGAUCCUCGCUGCUGUCCACGGCACGAUCGCCGCAAGCUACGCUAUUGAGCAGAUAGGCACGCCAUCGCUGGAUGGCGGAUGCGGUGUGUGGAAUGGCGAGGCUUACGAGGAUAGAUACACGUUGUAUCUGCGUCGGGAGAAGUCGUAUCUGUCGCAUCAGCUCGCGACACAGGGCCAGAAUCUGAUACCAUCUUGA